UUUUCGGGUGCUUUCGGCUUCUCGGGGGCUUUGGGCUUUUCGAGUGUCGGUGGUUUGAUCUCAAUGCUCUUGAUGGAUCCGCUGCCCUUGCAGCAUAACUUGUCCCGAAGCCUCUCAGGAUCGCAGCAUACCACCUUAAUCGCCACCGUGUCUGCCUUGUUUUUCAUUCUUUCCCCAGCUUCAAUGGCGACAAAGACCCAUACGGAUCCCGAGAAACCAAAUGGGGAAGAAACCACCGAGAACGAAGAAAGGAGUCCGGUGGAGGAGGUGGCGCUGGUGGUGCCCGAAACCGACGACCCUUCCCUCCCCGUCAUGACUUUCCGUGCCUGGUUCCUCGGUUUGACAUCAUGCAUCCUCCUAAUCUUCCUUAACACUUUCUUCACCUACCGUACGCAGCCACUCACCAUCUCCGCAAUCCUUAUGCAAAUCUCCGCCUUGCCCAUUGGCAAGUUCAUGGCCAGGACUCUUCCGAUCACCGAGUAUAGCCUCCUCGGGUGGCGAUUCAGCUUGAACCCCGGGCCGUUCAACAUCAAGGAGCAUGUUAUCAUCACCAUCUUCGCCAAUUGUGGGGUGUCUUUUGGUGGAGGCGAUGCUUAUUCCAUUGGUGCCAUAACUGUCAUGAAAGCUUAUUAUAAACAGAGCUUGAAUUUCCUCUGUGGAGUCCUUAUUGUCUUGACUACUCAGAUUUUGGGAUAUGGAUGGGCUGGUAUGCUUAGGAGGUACCUGGUUGAUCCUGCAGAAAUGUGGUGGCCAUCAAACUUGGCUCAGGUUUCUCUGUUUAGAGCACUCCAUGAGAGGGACGAGAAAAAGAAGGGAUUGACUCGGAUGCAAUUCUUUCUAGCUGUAAUGUUGGCAAGCUUUGCCUAUUAUGCUUUGCCAGGCUAUUUAUUCCCGAUAUUGACAUUCUUCUCGUGGGUGUGUUGGGCAUGGCCACAUAGUAUCACUGCUCAGCAAAUAGGGUCCGGAUACCAUGGACUCGGUGUUGGUGCAUUCACCCUUGACUGGGCCGGGAUAUCGGCUUACCAUGGCAGUCCACUGGUUGCUCCUUGGUCGUCGAUUGUCAAUGUUGGGAUAGGCUUUAUCAUGUUCAUCUACAUCAUUGUUCCUGUUUGUUAUUGGAAGUAUAACACCUUCGAUGCUCAGAAAUUCCCUAUAUUCUCUAACCAGUUGUUUACUUCCAGUGGGCAUAAAUAUGAUACAACUAAGAUCUUGACACCGCAGUAUCAGCUAAAUAUCCCUGCAUAUAACAGUUAUGGCAAACUCUACCUUAGCCCUCUUUUUGCCUUAUCGAUUGGGUCGGGGUUUGCUCGGUUCACUGCAACCCUCACUCAUGUGGCAUUGUUUAAUGGCAGGGAUAUUCUGAGGCAGAGCAGAUCGGCAAUGAAGAAUGUGAAGUUGGACAUCCAUGCAAAGUUGAUGAAGAAGUACAAACAAGUUCCUGAAUGGUGGUUUUACAUUUUAUUAAUCGGAAGUAUUGCUCUGUCGCUUUUGAUGUCCUUUGUAUAUAAGAAAGAGGUACAGCUGCCAUGGUGGGGUAUGCUGUUUGCCUUUGGUUUGGCCUGGAUUGUCACCCUUCCGAUCGGAGUCAUUCAGGCAACUACGAACCAGCAACCUGGCUAUGACAUUAUAGCACAGUUCAUGAUUGGUUAUGUCUUGCCCGGAAAGCCCAUCGCAAACCUGCUCUUCAAGAUUUAUGGGCGGAUCAGCACGGUUCAUGCUCUUUCUUUCUUGUCUGAUCUCAAACUUGGGCACUACAUGAAAAUCCCACCGCGCUGCAUGUACACGGCUCAGCUUGUGGGAACUGUAGUAGCAGGUGUUGUCAACCUUGGAGUUGCUUGGUGGAUGUUAGAUGGCAUUCAAGACAUCUGCGAUAUUGAAGGGACGCAUCCUGAUAGCCCAUGGACUUGUCCUAAAUACCGUGUCACGUUCGACGCCUCUGUUAUAUGGGGCUUAAUUGGACCGAAGAGGCUUUUCGGACCAGGAGGGAUGUACCGUAACUUAGUUUGGUUGUUCCUUAUUGGAGCGGUGUUGCCGGUUCCUGUUUGGGUUUUGAGCAAGAUUUACCCUGAAAAGAAAUGGAUCCCCUUGAUUAACAUCCCGGUUAUAUCUUAUGGUUUUGCCGGAAUGCCACCUGCAACUCCCACCAACAUUGCGAGUUGGCUUGUCACCGGAACCAUCUUCAACUACUUUGUGUUCAAGUACCACAAGCGGUGGUGGCAGAAAUAUAACUAUGUUCUAUCUGCAGCAUUAGAUGCCGGAACAGCUUUCAUGGGCGUUUUACUGUUCUUCGCUUUACAAAACGAGGGUCAUGACUUGAAAUGGUGGGGAACUAAGGUUGAUCAUUGUCCUCUUGCAAGCUGUCCGACAGCCCCAGGUAUCUCGGUUGAAGGAUGUCCGGUUUUUAAAUAGACCAAAUCGACCACAUGCACAGCAACAAGAAACAGGACAACGAUGAAUGAAGAUCCGGAAUGCAAAGCAGAAAUGGUUUAGUUUUGUAACAUGUUAUAUUACAGACUUACGUACGUCGCAGAGUUUUACUAUAUAUAAUCUAAGCUGUAAAGUAACGCUUACGCUUUGUUCCGAUGAUCCGAUCAUCAUUUGAAGAGGAGGUAAUUAAUGUUUUUCUUUGUCUGUUUGCCUGAUAUAUAGCAGAAAUUUGCUUUUUAUUUACGAUUCUGAUAUGGUUGUUGCUAGCUAGCUUGAUGAAUGAAGAAUAAUAUGAAGCUAUUAAUUCCUGCUA